ACGUCACUCGACGCGGCCGGGGUAGCCCGUGGUAACCCAGAGUCUGCGGAAGUGGAGACCGGUGGGCAGGCGACUGAGACAGGGGACUGAAAGAGCCAUAAUUAUGACAUCAGGUGUUUUUUUGGUAAGCGGCCAUUUAUGAUUCCGGAAGAUUAAGGCAGCUAGGAAGCCCCUUCUGAGAUUUUAACAAAGCUCUCGAACAACAACCAACGCCAUGGACACAAAGCUGGACCCUUCCCGGGAUGACCUACCUCUCAUGGCCAACACCAGCCACAUGCUUGUGAAGCACUAUGUACUGGAUUUAGAUGUGGACUUUGAAAGUCAAAUCAUCGAGGGCACCAUAGUGCUUUUCUUUGAGUCUGGAAACAGAUUCCAGAAACAGAGUGGGUCCACCAAGGAACCCUGCCGAUCAGAGUCAAACGAAGCCUGCAGAUUUAGGAUGCCUGAACCCUGCCAUAGUCCUGUGACAGAUACAAGGACCUUCUCCUCUAAAACAAGAUCUAAUGAUUUUACAAUCUGUGGUAAAGGUGAAAAAGAUACUUCUGGUAAAGAUGGUAACCAUGACAACUGGGAACAGGCUUCUGGGAUUUCUAGCUCAAAGUACUGCUGUGACACAGGGAAUCAUGGGAGUGAGGAUUUUUUGCUAGUGUUGGACUGCUGUGAUUUAUCUGUGUUAAAGGUUGAGGAGGUGGAUGUUGCUGCUGUGCCAGGUAUUGAAAAAUUGACAAGGUCUCCCAAGCUCACAGUUGUUUCUGAGGAGCUCAGGAAUCAGAUUGUGUGUGAACUUGUGACUCUGCCUGCAGAUCGUUGGAGGGAGCAGUUAGACUAUUAUGCUCGUUGCAGCCAGGCUCCUGGCUGUGGGGAACUCCUGUUUGACACUGACACUUGGAGCUUGCAGAUCAGGAAGACAGGGGCUCAGACAGCUACUGACUUUCCUCACGCCAUAAGGAUACGGUACAGCACCAAACCCCAGGGGCGAUCAGUUACCUGGACCUCAGACCAGAGUGGCAGGCCAUGUGUUUAUACUAUGGGAUCUCCCAUAAACAACAGGGCCCUUUUUCCCUGCCAGGAGCCACCCGUUGCCAUGUCAACAUGGCAAGCUACAGUUCGAGCAGCUGCAUCUUUUGUUGUUUUAAUGAGUGGGGAAAAUUCUGCCAAGCCAACACAGCUUCGGGAAGGGUGCUCAAGCUGGCAUUACUAUGUAACCAUGCCGAUGCCGGCCUCCACCUUCACAAUCGCAGUGGGAUCCUGGACAGAAAUGAAGCCAGAGACCUGCUCAUCCAAUGAUCUGGCAGCAGAGAGAUCUCUGUCACCUUCCGAGGCUGACUUCAGGUAUGUUGGCAUUUGUGGUCACAUGGAAUACCCCUGCCGCUUCCAGAAUCCUUCUGCCACCACCCAGGAAAUUAUUCCUCAUCGGGUCUUUGCCCCAGUGUGCCUCAAGGGUGCCUGCCAAGAGACCCUUCUGCAACUGGUCCCUCCUUGCCUCUCAGCAGCACACCGUGUCCUGGGAACACACCCGUUCUCCAGGCUGGACAUACUCAUCGUCCCUGGCAAUUUUCCGAGUCUGGGGAUGGCCAGCCCACACAUCAUCUUCCUCUCUCAGAGCGUCUUGACGGGAAACAGCCAUCUCUGUGGGACCCGUCUCUGCCAUGAAAUCGCUCACGCCUGGUUUGGCCUAGCCAUCGGGGCCCGGGACUGGACGGAGGAGUGGCUGAGCGAAGGGUUCGCCACUCACUUGGAAGAUGUGUUCUGGGCCAAAGCACAGCAGCUGGACCCCCAUGAGGCCCAGGAGCAGCAGGAGCUGAAGGCUUGUCUACGCUGGUGUCGUCUCCAGGACGAGGUGCGGAACUCCCCGGAGGAGAUGCAGGUGUUGAGACCCAAUAAAGAGAAGACUGGCCAUGUGAGUGACUCAGGAUCAUCUGUCGUCAAACAUGGGCUCAAUCCUGAGAAGGUCUUCAUGCAGGUUCAUUAUUUAAAGGGCUAUUUCCUUCUCCGGUUCCUUGCCCAAAGACUUGGAGAUGACACCUAUUUUGCAUUUUUAAGAAAAUUUGUGCACACCUUUCAUGGGCAGUUGAUUCUUUCUCAGGAUUUCCUUCAAAUGCUGUUGGAGAACAUCCCAGAAGAGAAAAGGCUUGAGUUGUCUGUGGAGAACAUCUUCCGAGACUGGCUUGAGAGUUCUGGAAUACCCCAGCCGCUGCAGAGGGAACGCCAGGCCGGGGCGGAGUGCGGGCUCGCGCGGCAAGUGAGCGUCGAGGUCGAGAAAUGGAUUCGAAUGAACCGGAGACCCCGAAAACGGAAGCGAAGGGAGACCGAACAAGUGUUUGAAAAGCUCCUUCCAGACCAGCUUGUCUUACUUCUGGAGCAUCUCUUGGAGCAGAAGACUUUGAACCCCCGGACUCUUCAAAGCCUUGAAAGGGCAUAUCGCCUCACCCAGCAGGAUGCAGAGAGGCUGCUCUGCUGUACACGUACCCCAGGACGUCUCCAGGUCCUCAACCAGCAUUGUCAAGAGGCACCAUCCUGGCCCAGAGACCCACGAGGCAGUUUUGGGAUUAAACGUGAAAGAGAGACCAUUAUGGAGAGUGAGAAUGGUGUGGUAAUAAUUAGUGAGAUGGUUUACCAGGGUAAGAUAUGGGGCGGGAGCUUCCAGAAAGGCAGGUUGGCAUCUGCCAUAUCCAGCAUUGGGCUUUUUGUCAUAGUUUUUUUUGUAGGGACAAGGGGUCUGGCUUGGUGGCCCCUUUGAUGUGGUUAAGCUCAGGUUGCAAAUCAAGAGGUCAACUGCUAAUGAACCCAAACUUUAGGAUGUGAGCUAUAAAUAGUGUGAAAUAAUACCCACUUUUUAAAAAGCCAAGACUGUGCUUGUGGGGGACGCUCAGCUGCCCCUUUGACACAGCAUCAUAUUUCCUUUUCUAGUUUUCAGAGCUGGGUGGGGUACAAGUUGAAAAAAGAGAUCAAGGUAAUUUUCUUUAGUUGCUUUAGAUAUAUACCUGUCUUUAAACUUUGGGCCUUUUAUGAUGUGGGAAAGAACAGAGCUCUUAUAUAAUUCUUCAGUUAUAUUUUUUUCUUUGUUGUAUUUGGUUUAUGAAACAAUGUUUUAGAAUAUUUCCUUCCAAGUCAGGAAGAUCUCUCUAGGUCUUUCUUGGAGUUUUCUUGAUUAUUCAGUUCAGUGCCUCUAGAAUUUUCCUGGGGAAAUCUUGCAAUGACUAGUUUCCCCUGCUAUAGUGUGAUAAAGGAACUUUUCAAAAAGUGAUCUACAGUGACAGAGUUGAAAGACUUUUAUUUUUUAGAUGAAUAUUCCUCUUUGUUUCUGAAGGCAGGGAUUGUGUUUUAUUUACCUUGAAUUGUUACAGUAUGUUGGGGCUGCUGAAAUAUGUGUUAAAUGAUGAAGAUAAAGGAAAAAGUGAGCCACUUAAUGGCAUAGUCUCAGUUUUUCUUCUAAGGACCAUUUAAAUAAACACUUAACAUCAGUUCAUACUAUUUAUAAUUUAUCUGUAAAUACAACAAAAAGGAAAGGAACAUUUAAUAGAGGGGUGGUUAGCCAUAGGCUCAGCCAGACUUGAUUAGAAAAGUUCCUGGUCUCUUCCUGUUCUUUGUUUUUGGCCAUUUGGUGCUCAGCAGCAGGUCUUGUGGUAUGGAAACUUUAAGGAGCAUCAUCUAAUCUUGCUAUGUACCUCUCCACCCCCAAUCUGUACAGAUUUUCUCAGCAAGAUGCAGAGAUUAACACAUUUUCUGGGGUUACAGAUAACAUUGCCCUAAUGCUCUUUUGGUAGAGCCCAAAACCCAGCUACAGCUCAUGUCGAUUUUGUCUUUAAAGGGCUCAUGAGUGAAAUCACUGGGGGGUUUUGUUCGUUCUUCUGGGCUCUUUAUACCUCCAGUAGUUUACAUAUUUUUGUAUUUCUGUGCUGAAAUCCACACCAAAAAAGCACUGUAUUGUCUGUGAACACUGCCCUUUUUUUCCCCCCACAACUAUAAAAUGAGCCAUGUUCCCACAUAAAGUGUCCCAUAAGUGCCCUAAAAUAGAGGACUCACUUUUGCCACUUUCCAGAUCGCUUUUCUUCCCUCCAGUGCCUUGCCUGGACACUUUCCUUGCUCUCUAGUUCCAUGGCACAUCAGGAGUUGAGGUUGGGUUAGUAGCCUUUGAGCUGUCAGUACCUAUGCACCACACACAGAACACAGCCUCUCUCAGGGGUGUGCAGGGAGCCUUCCCCAGGACAGCUGCUGCAGGCAGGGGGCAGUGUUCUGUGGACCCCACACAGUUUCCUGGCAGCGUGUGCCUCUCACGUGCGAAUGUUUGUGCCCGUACCUGAUCGCAAAGAGAAGAUGAUAUUGGAUUUAAAUUGUUUAAAAAUUUAAGAGUCCUCGUUUAUAUGCAAAUGAUGGCAUGUGUUUUGUGUGUGUGUGUGUGUGUGUGUGUGUGUGUGUGUGUGUGAGAGAGAGAGAGAGAGAGAGAGAGAGAGAGAAAUUUAAAAGAUCAGCUAAACCUUAUGGGGUGGCAUUGUAACUGGUUCUUCUAAGCUACUUUGUCUGCAUGUUGCUGCACUGCAGCCUUGAACCACGUGGACCCAUGUUCGGUAGACCAACCGUCUCGCCCCUCUGUAGGGAGAAGCAGCCCACCGUGCUGAGCACAGGCGGAGCCUGCCAUCCGGGAAGCAGUAGGCCAGAGCCGGCCCUGCCCCAGCCCUGCUGUCAGGACACUAGGUAGUUCCCUCAAGAAGAGAUCCUGGGGGCACCUGGGUGGCUCAGUCAGUUGAGCUUCUGACUUCGGCUCAGGUCAUGAUCUCACAGUUGGUGGGUUCGAGCCCCACAUCAGGCUCUGUGCUGACUGCUUGCUCAGAGCCUGGAGCCUUGCUCUGGAUUCUGUGUCUUCUUCUCUCUCUGCCCCUCCCCCAUUCACGCUUUGUCUCACUCUGUUUCUCAAAAACAAAUAAAUGUAAAAAAAAUUUUUUUUAAAAAGAAGAGACCCCAUAGUAGUGCCCUUUGCUGAAACAGCCUUCCCCAGUUGGGCUCUUGAGUUGUUUUUAAUAACAGCUCUGAGAAAUAAUAUAAUUUAUAAUACAUAAAUAUAAAAUAUUUAUCAUUUAUAUAUUAUUUAUGUGUAUGUUUAUUAUUUAUAUGUUAUAUAAAUAAUAUAAUAAUUUACUCAUUAAAGCAAAUAGUAUAUCCACAGGAGAAGCAAGAAGGGUUAGAACUUGCCCGAGAGAACUCUGAAUAGGGCUGCCUCCUUUAUAAUCCUUGAUGUCUGUCAUACAUUUAUCCUCCCUGUCACUCUCUGUGGACGUGUCCAGUGUGGGGGUCCCCACAGCCGUCUGAAGGAUCUCUGUUUUGCAAGUUGCCUCAGCAUGAGUUGUAUUUGGCUGUAACCAGUUAUGACCGGUUUUACAUAACCAGAGCGUGACGGAUGGUUGGUAGGAGCCCCGAGAAAUUGCUGAGAGCCUCUGAGGCCUCCCAUGUUGCCUUUACCCUGGGCAGAGGGAUCUGCCCACCUGGCUUUGUGACGUCAAGUGCAGAAACUUUUCAUUCCUUUUUGUUUCAAAAAAUCGGGUAAAGACUUCAAGAGAAAAGGAGAAGUGCUAGGGGUCUUGAUGUGAGGGCCACACGGCUGAAGGAUCUUCCAUGUUUCCUCGUGAGGGAGAGCGGACGAGGUGUGUCCGGCCCCAAACAGAACGCUGGUCGAAGAUGCCGUCUGUCCCGGAGUCGCUGCAGAGGCUUUCCUGCCGUUGCGCUGCUGGGCAGGCCUCCGUCACCAGCCGUGAAGCCACUUUAAAGCAAAGUUAAAUCUAAUUUCAGGCACAAAUGGAAAAAGCAGUUUCAUUUAUUGCUGUGUUAGACUUAUUAACUCCCAAAAGCCAUGGGCCUUGGUCUUUCUGUUUACAGGUAUAAAAUGGAACUCUAAAUGAGGUUUAAUGGGCUUCCCAGAUCAUGUUCCCCAGACAGACUUUUUCCCCUUUAACAGUCAAUUUUGAAAUCAAAAGGACUGAGAAGAAAGGGGAGUACUUCCUGUCAUAAAUAGGAUGGGUGGUAUUCUUCACAGCGUUUUACAGCUUCCAACUGCGCCUUAUAAUUCCAAAGUCGCUGGGAAACAUUUGAGUCUUUAAUAGUGAUUCAUUCAUUCAGAACCGUUUAUCAAGCGUGUACUGUGUGCCAGGCACUGAGAUGAGGCCUUCAGGUCAUCUUUAGAUGACCUGAAGGCACCCAGGCCCCUGCUGUCACUGAGCUUGUACACUGCACAGGCAAACAAGGAGACGCAACCUGUUCCAUGAGGCACAACACCGAGUGGCCAGUGGUGGUGGAGUGCUGAUGAACUUGGGCCACAGAGGCAAGGUCAGGGAUGCACAUGUACAAGAUCCAAAGAGCAAACAGGUGUGCUGGGAAGAGUGGGACCACAGCAGGGCCGUCUAGUGUCACAGCAGAAGUCCUUGUCCCCUCCCCUCCUGUGUGCUGGCCCCUCACAGCCUGCUUGUUAAAAAGCCAUAGUCUCUUAACAUACUUUGGGACUUUCUGGGACACACUGAGACUUUACAUUAGCAGGGGAGCAUUCCCUGCCGUUGUUUUUAAGUGAUGGUGUGCGGGCUGCACUCAGCGAGCAAACCCAACAGCGGCAGGUAGGGAAAAGGAGAAAUGCAGAAUACUAUAUCCAUGUUGAAUGAUGCUGUUAAGAUCAGAAAUGAAUUUGGCUGAAUGGCUAGAAUUUCAUGUUCAUUGGGUUCUCCAUUUGUGCAAACUUAAUGUGUUUAUAAUUUUUAAACAUUUAAAGAUAAAGCAAGGGAAGCAGCUUCCUACAGGAGCCAUAGGUGCCUGCUCAGGCUUGGAUGUUGACGUGCAUCAAACCAAACCCUGGCUCCCAAACCACAGCAACAGAAGCAACAUGGUUGACUCUCUCUCUCACCUUGACUGAUGUAUGGUGUUGGUGACACAGUGGCUAUCAGAGCCAAGUCUAAGGGUAUUAACCAAGUUACUGGAACUAAUCUCUUACAUAUACAGCAGUCUCUGCUCAUUCUGUGUGAUUCCAUUUAUUUUUCAGGCACAGUAACUCCUCUGUGAGACACUGUUUUUCAAACUCUGCCUGCAAGGCCCCACAGAGUUUACUGUUUAAUUUAAAGGUGUUUCCUACCUGACACAGAGGUUCAGACUGCUUGAAGAACCACUUAAAUUCUUUUCUCAAACUGGUCUUUAGGAGGUUCCAGAGUACACCUUUUUUUUUUUUUUUUGAGAGAGAGGGAGAGAGAAGAACAUGCACGUGCAAGAGGCGCAGAGAGGGCAGAGAGCGAGAAUCCCAAGCAGGCUCCUACUGUCAGCACAGAGCCCGACACAGGGCUCAAUCCCAAGAACCGUGAGAUCAUGAGCUGAGCUGAAAUCAAGUCAGACACUCAACUGAGUCACCCAGGUGCCCCAGAGUACACUUUUAAUAAAAGUUAGAAAAACUACGUUUAAGAAAAGUUUAAAAAUCACUUCAGAAAAUUAGUCUGUUAGAUAGUAAGCAGGCUGUCAGGGAGCAUUCCCAUAGAAGAGUUUUUUGUUCUUUGAAAUUAGCUUCAUGGAAAACACUCACAUUGAAGUAAGAAAAGAAAGAAAAUUAGGUAAAAGCUGUAAAAGAGCCUUGGGAAUUGUGAAGCGUUAGCAAGCAUGGGAUCUGGGGUGUGUGAUGAUUCACAGAGGGGAGCCCCGGCAGUGUGGGGAGAUGAGCGAGCUGGUUGAGGGGGUCACUCUUCCUAAAGACCUCAUUUCCUCAGUGUCCGGUCACUCACCCAUGCGUGAUGCCUAACCAUCCAUGUUUGUGCUGGGCCCACCGGCUCAAGAGACGCUCUAUUUCAGAAGGAGUUUAACUCAGGCAAAAUGGGACUCAGAAGCCCCACAUUCAGGAACAUCCUAGAUUUCCAGGCAGGACCGGGCUGAAGCAGGCCUGAGCCAGCUCACGAGGACCUCCCAGCUCUGUGUUCUGUGACAUGGUGCAGGUAGAUUUGGAGGUUGAACAUUUUACCAGCACACUCAGACCUUUCCUCACUCCAGGGGCCUGGGGUUUGGGCUUCCUUCCGUCCUAGAGCAGGUGACCAGUCUGUAGCAUGUAGCCAUGCCAACUCAGCCCACCCUGUUUUUGUAAAUAAAGCUUUAUCUGAAGAUAGCAGAUCUCACACCAUGUGUUUACAUACUGUCCAGGCUGCUUUGGCAGUACAAUGGCAGAUGGGCUUUGAAAAGCCAAGAAACACUCACCCUCUGGCCCUUGACAGGAAAAAUUUGCCAACUCUUGUUCAGAGUUCAAUACAAAACUGGUUCUGGAUGCAUGAAAAUUGUCAGGUUGAAAAGAGAUUGGGGUUGUGGGGGGUGGGCUUCUUCUCCAGCAAUCUCUCUUUGCUGUUUCCAGGAGAGAAUAAUUACAUGAGAGGGAGCACCAGCACGUCCUAACAAAGGUCAUGGUCAUAUCACAGGGAGGCCCCACUGGGUCAUGGGACUUGUCCCCUUGAGUCUGAGACAUGGAUUGGGAAUACAAAUGACCCUGUGAGGCAGGGGCCAAUUUUUGGGCACUGCUGGAAAUCAGGGGAGCAGGCCAGAAGCAGUUCAGCUUGGCCAAGCCCUUUGGGUGGUAAUAACUUUCUUGAAAUGGCAGAAAUGCCAGGGGGCUGGGGCACAGCUGAGGGUUUUGUUUUCACAGGUGGUUUGGGAAACUCCCAGGUGCCUGGCCCUUGGGUGUACUUCCGGCAGGACUGAAGAGCCAGCUUCCCUGGGCCUCUCGGCCGCUCCCUGGUGGUGCCCCUGCUGCUUCUCCCAGGGGGAGUCUCAGACUCCUGAAUCCCCUCCCCAGCCCACCCGAGAGAGCCCAGCCCUCUCACACACCUGCCUUCCCUCACACACCAUCCAGGCUGCCCUCUCUACCUUCAGCACAGGUGCCUUGCUCUGUCAUUUCACCAGGUAACAAACACUUCCUUGGAAAUGAUACUCCCAAGAUUUCAUAAUUUCAAUAAAUAACAGAACUUCUGAAGUAGAAAAAGCCAGACACUGGCACUCCAGCUAAAGUGACAGUAUAUGGGACUCUUCGCUACUCACAGUGGGUGACCUCAUUUUCACAAUAGCUCAGAGGGGACGCACACUUACAACCCCCCCACCCCCACCCCCCACCCCGGGGAGCAGGGCCAAGCUGAUGGAGCUGCUCAGUGGCAGACCUGGGUCUCCAGCCUGGGGCCUCAGGCUCUGUGACUCAGGGCCCAGUGGGUCAUGAAAUCAAUUGAGUACCAACUAGCAUAAAGAAGAACAAAAUAACCUGAGUAGGGGAAAGGAUUAAGAAAAGAACCAUGUUUCUGUCUAUGUGCACGUAUAUCCACAUGUAUACACAUCACAUGCAGGGGACUGUUUGGACACCCAGGCCGCAUGUCUACCACGUCCCCCAAGGCUCAGGCCUGUUGCCACAGACACAGCCCAUCCUCUUGGAGAAGUCCCUGCUGAGGUUCAGGGAUCCACCAUCCUGGAGCAGUUAUGUGGAUUAUUGGAGGGUUUUCAUUCUCUGUCACCAAAAGUGGGUCUGAUGAAUCUGCUUCUGCACACCUACCCUUCAUUGUCCACCCCCUGCAAAUCCCAAUUCUAAAACCUGCCCAUCUGGACCCAACCCCAAAGGACCAGUCACGUUGUUUUGGCACUCUGGGGAGAGCAAUGAUGUCUGUGCACUCAUCGUUGUUCGUGGGGGCUUUGGAAACCUGGAAACUUCUGGAAUCCAUUUCCAUUGGUGCAGAUUAGCAUGUGUUUUAAAACCCACCUGUGCGCUGAAGCAUCCACAUCAUUUUUCUGUUCAGAGUGUCCUUUGAGCAGAACUCUAGAAAGCAGGUUUUCAGACUAAUUUUUAUCGGACCAAAGUAUUUGUGGGCACACAACCGUAUAUGCAUGUCUGUCUACCACAACUUCAUUGCGACAUUUCGGGAAGAACCAGGAACCUAAGUUCUCUUUUUCCAUAUCCUCCGUCAGUCCCGUGCCACAUGCUCUGCUAAGUGCUCCGUGUGUGUGCUGGGAACCCCCUGUGUGGCUGUUGUGGGGUGUGCCUGCUUGUCCCGGCACUGGUAGGGGAGGUGGGCCAGGACCCAUCCUGAACACGCAACGGUGGGGAGGUAGACACGUCCUUGGAAACAAGGCCUCCGGUACCCUCCCACACACACUAGGUCCCAGGCAGCCGGAGAGAGGGCACGGGCACUCAAGGUCCCUGGGACUCCCCUCUUUGCUGCCGUGGGCAGCUCUGUCCCUUUUUCUCAUUCUCUUCAGGUUCUUGGCCUUUCCUUCCCUCCCCACGUGGUCCUCACCCCUACUUCUCCAUCCGGCCUGAUCACAUUGACCAGUGUUCGGGGCUAACCUGUUGGCUGACUCCGGGUUUUCAGGUGCUUCCUAUAGGGCAGGACUGGGAGUGAUGUGAAUUUGAGUCUAGUUCAAAAGGUCAUUAAAAGUUUUCAUCUCUAUCAGCAUACCUGCAGUGUAAUAAAACGUGACUCUUUGAAGUGUAAUCUGGUCAGUGUUGGCGUGUGUGUGCACCUGCAACAUUGGAACUAAAUGAGCAGAGUCGAGAAGCCACAGGUGCUGUGGGAGGGCUGCUGGGCCCGCACUGUCAUGUACAUGCACGAUGUUUAUUUUUCAUCUCAUGGAGGAAGUUAAAAGUCCAGGUGACCACUACCCCCAUUAAUUAAUUAAUUAGAAAUAAGAGCAAAUGUACAGGAUGGACAGCUCUCUCCUCAGAGACCUGUUUGAAAUUCUCUGGCUCUGGCUCCGCAGCAUGGAGAACCUCACUUUCCCCAUUUCCAGAGGGGGCAGGAACUUAGUACGAGUAUGUGACAGCCUCUGUCAAGGACUGUUCAAGUUUCUCAGUGAUCUGGAGAAGGACUAUUCUGGCAGUGCCCACUAUGGAAAUAAUUGCUAGGAAAAAUUAAGACAGGUGUGACUUUGCUGCCAGCUUUUCAGCAAGACCCCAUUACGUGUGGUGGCAAGUGGCCAUGCAAAUUGGGUCCUCAAGUUUAGGGGAUAAAAAGUGAGGGUUUUCUUUGUCAGCGAAAUACGAAGAGAGGUAAAAACCCUGUGCGCAAGCAAGAAAUGUGUCAGGCCCUUAGCCUCACACAGCAUGUCUGUGAUGUCUUUUAAACAUCCUGUCACUGAAAUAUUGAGAUGCACUGAGUUCUUUUGUAAAGAAAAGGCUUGUUGUUUUUUCUGCUCUUAGAGGGGAGGGGAGGGGAGCCUGGGCUGUGCUUCCUGGAUGCCAUGUUGGCCCUCAGGGGUCAGAAGACUAGAUCGCUUAUUAAUCGUGACAAUAAACCCUUUUUAACAGUAAGAGAAGUGGCAAUACUGACUUCAUGUUGGUGUGAAGGAGCCUUCACUUGGGGCUCCUGGACCUUCACCCGGUGUGGUGGGACCACCCCACCUUCCGCCAGCCUGGCGGGUCUUACUUUGCCAGGAAAUAGGCCCUUGUUUAGGCCUUGUUAUCUCUGUGUAGAUUGGGAGAGGAGAGCACGGGAAGGGGAAAUGAGAGGCUGAACCCUCCAUUUCAAAAUCAGGUCUAAAAAAUAUAGCCUCCCCAGGUGUUAGAGUGCAGAGAGGUAUGGUGUGGGCACGUCACACACACCUAGGCGGUCAGGUCAGAGCACUUGGAAAGCCGACGGAGCUCUCCAUCACCCCACCAAAAGCUGGUGCAAGCCUUCCAGUGUGCAGGUGUGAGAGGGGAUUGCUCUUCCCCAGGGGGCAUCCCACCAGGCCACACCGACUUGCCGGUCCUUCUCCUGACCUUGGGGAGCUGGCCCCCACUUUCACCAAGCUCUCAAGAUAUGGCCAGUGGUAUCUGAGGUGUUUAGGUUACCGUGAUA